AAGCACGUCGCAGAUCUUGCCGGGGAGAGCUCCUUGGUAUUCCCGGCGGCCUCUGCGGGUGACGGACUGGGACGCAUGAGGAAGCGAUGGCGCUCUACAACUUCAAGAAGAUCACGGUGGUGCCGAGUGCCAAGGACUUCAUCGAUCUGACAUUGUCAAAAACCCAGCGGAAGACUCCAACUGUGAUACACAAACAUUAUCAAAUUAACAGAAUUCGUCACUUUUACAUGAGAAAGGUCAAAUUUACGCAACAGAACUAUCAUGACCGUCUUUCUCAGAUUCUGACUGAUUUUCCAAAACUUGAUGAUGUGCACCCAUUCUAUGCUGACUUGAUGAAUGUGCUGUAUGACAAAGAUCACUAUAAACUGGCAUUAGGACAGAUUAAUAUUGCAAAGAACCUUAUUGACAAUGUUGCUAAGGACUAUGUACGUUUGAUGAAAUAUGGCGAUUCUCUGUACCGUUGUAAGCAGCUGAAGCGUGCGGCACUGGGGCGCAUGUGCACUAUUCUCAAAAGACAGAAGCAAAGUUUGGAAUAUUUAGAGCAGGUGCGGCAGCAUCUUUCUCGUCUGCCUUCUAUCGAUCCCAACACAAGGACUCUAUUGCUCUGUGGGUACCCUAAUGUUGGAAAAUCCAGCUUUAUCAACAAGAUUACUCGAGCAGAUGUUGAUGUACAGCCAUAUGCUUUUACCACAAAGUCAUUAUUUGUGGGACAUAUGGAUUACAAGUAUCUGCGUUGGCAGGUGGUUGAUACUCCGGGCAUCUUGGAUCAUCCACUGGAAGAGCGGAACACGAUUGAGAUGCAGGCGAUCACUGCAUUGGCUCAUCUCCGGGCUGCUGUUCUGUAUGUGAUGGAUGUGUCUGAACAGUGUGGCCACACUGUGGAAGAGCAACUGGAUCUCUUCAAAAACAUUAGACCUCUCUUUGCCAAUAAGCCCCUGAUUAUUAUUGCAAACAAAUCUGAUAUAAAGAGAAUAGAGGAACUUUCUGAAGAACACAAGAAAAUCUUUGCAGAUUUGAUGGCAGAAGGAAUCACUGUUACAGAGACAAGUACUUGGACAGAGGAGGGUAUCAUUAAAGUGAAAACUGAGGCUUGUGACAGAUUGCUUGCACAUCGUGUUGAUACCAAGAUGAAAGGUAAAAAGGUGAAUGAUUUAUUGAACAGACUCCAUCUAGCUGUCCCAGCAAAGAGGGAUCAGAAGGAGAGACCACCCUGGAUUCCUGAAGGAGCUACCACACGCAGAAAAAUGGAGGUGGAUAUGCCAAAGCGAAAAACGGAGCGGGACUUGGAGUUGGAGAUGGGCGAUGAUUAUAUUCUGGAUCUCCAAAAAUACUGGGAUCUGAUGAAUGAGUGUGAGAAGCAAGAUCUGAUACCUGAGAUAUGGGAAGGUCAUAAUGUGGCUGACUACAUCGACCCUGAUAUUAUGAAGAAACUUGUAAACCUGGAAAAAGAAGAAGAAUUGAAACAAUUAGCAGGGGAAUAUGAUUCAGAUUCCGACAGCGAGGAUGAGGAAAUGAGAGAUAUCAGAAAGUUGGCUGCUCAGAUACGAGAGAAGAAAAAGAUGCGAAUAUUGCUGUCGAGAGAAAAACAAACAAAAAAAGGCCCCAAAAUGCCCAGAACUGCUAAAAAGGUUGAAAGAAAAACUUUGGAAAAGGAGAUGGGAUCCCUUGGUUUGGAUAUGGCCAACAAAGAUGAGACACACUACGCAGAACAAGCUCGGCGGUCUAGAAGUGUCACCAGGAAGCGCAAGCGCGAAGAAUCUCAGCCACCAACGUCUAAAGCGCGCAGUCGCAGCACUUCUCGUACUCCCCGUGAUGUGUCUGGUGUGCGUGAUGAAAAGAUGUUGAAGAAGGUGAAGAAGAUGAUGAAGAACUCUCAGCAGGAUAUGAAUCGCAUGGGCAAGAAAGGAGAAGCCGAUCGACAUGUAUUUAACCUUAAACCCAAACAUCUUCUCGUUGGCAAGAGGAAAAUGGGCAAAACAGACCGUAGAUAAAGUGGCAUUGUCAAUCAGACUGUAGGACUUCCAUAUUCAGUUUUAAGAGAGCUCUCAAGUGACUUGUGAUAUGAUGGUGAAGUGUUACAUCAUUUCGAAACUUUUAAGUUCAGAUUGUUCAUCAGAACAUAACUGUGCCUUUAAUGAUUCCUAUAUCAAAAGAAAUUGAAUACUAAAUUCUACAGACUUUUUAUCUGUUGAAGUGCAUUUCCUGACACUGUCUAAGAAAUAUGUACAAGAUACAUUAGGGCAACAAAUGUCUGUUUUGAAACGGGCAUAGCCAGAGAAUAACUGGCAGGAUUCUACCUUGAAGUAUGCCUAAUACUAUCGCGUGAUAACUUUUGAUAGAGUUUUGAUUUCCUGCCUAUAGUUUUUAAAUGUACGUGGUAAACAUGACUAUAAAUUCUUGCAUUGGUAAACUGAAAAUGUAUGAAGAGACUGGAACCCACUCAGUGGGUUUUUCAAUAACCAAAAGUGAGAUAUUAAAUAAUUUUGCCCAUUUGUUGCAUUGCAUUAUAAUUACAAGAUUCCUUUUUGUGCAUUUCAAUAGCUUUUGUUGUUCUGUUUAUUUUAAGAGUGCUUGUUUCUUUUUAACCCCCUUCUGGAGUUGUAGACAUGGGCAAUGCUGUUUUGUCCAGGAUGAUAAGCUCUUUGAAUUGUUGGAGCUGUACUCUCAGGUGAAGACUAUUCCAUCACAUUCAUGCCUUGUUGGAAAAGGUCUUGUGGUCUCAGAAACUGAGUCGUUUGCUACAGAAUAUUAAGUCUCUGAUCCAGUCAUCACUGUUAUUGUUUUUGUGUGAUUGGCCUAAUGAAUUUCUGGUCAGGACUGAACUCCUAGGACUUCUGGUUAUGACAUUGAAUAUCAAGCUGGUUGGUAGUGAUUGGAUUAGUUUAUUGUCAGAUGCAUCAGGAUACAGUGAAAAGCUUUUGUUUUGCUUGCCAUCCUCAACAGAUCAUGUUACUCAAAAUUACAUUAAGGGUGUAAAAAGAAAAGCAAUGUAGUGCUGCGGUUACAGAUAGACAAAUACUGUGCAACAGCCAGAGUGGGAUUGGGAGAUCAAGAGUUGGUCUUUACAGUGUGAGAGAUCUGUCCAAGAGUCUGAUAACAGUUGUUCUUGAAUCUAGUAGUUGGUACUCUCAAGCUUUGGUAUCCUUUAAUAGGAGAAAGGAGAAUGACUGAAGUGUAAGGAAUCCUUGAUUAUGUUGGCUGCUUUCCCCAAGUGAGAAGUUUAGAUGGAGUAAGGGAGAGGGGUUUGACUGGGCUACGUUCACAUCUUCAAUUUCCUGUACUCUUACCAUACCUAGCCGUGAUACAUCCAGCCUGGAUGCUUUCUAUGGUGUAUCUAUAAAUAUUGAAUUGGUGUGUCAUUGAAGAAAUGCUAAAUUUCCUCACCCUUUCUGGUGUGCUUUCUCGGCAAACCAAUACAAAUUGUUGAUGACAUUUACACCUUCAAACUUGAAGCUCGCAACCAUCUCUACGUCAGCAUCAAUGACCAGCUUCUUUGUUUUACUGUAAUUGAGGGAAAGUCGUUGUGGAGCUGGUCACUGUCUAGUAAUUCUGUGGUAUGAAUGUUGUUUGGCACUUUUCAGGCCAUGCUUGAAUGUUGUUGUGAUCUUGCUUGAGGAAUUGCAAAUGAUACUGAUUUUGGAAAAGGUGUCUGCAGUAAUGUUUAUAGUACUGUAUAUAUGUGUGCCGCAAGCUUUAGUUAUUUACUGCCUGUUGUUUAGUGAACUCUUGCCUUUGAGUUGCAAUCAGGGGUUCAGCUUUCAGCUCAAAGAUAAUUGAAGAAUGCAGAAUUCCAAGAACUGUAAGAGGUGCAUAUUAUGAGAUAAUGUUAGAUCCUUAAUUCUGUUAGGUACUGUACAACCUCUAUGAGGAGUUGUGGAAUUCUUCCAUUUCCUGGCCUGGCAGUUUGUCCUUCAGGAUAUGGGAGCAUGAUCACUAAGCUGGCCAUUCUUGGUGGGCAUUUAAAAUCCCCGUCCAGAAUAAAUUGUUGCCCUUCAGAGUUUGAGUAUUGUUUAACGUGGAAUUCAGGAGUUGGUGAUUAGCUGGUUUCCUUGCCUUAUUGACAAGAUGCAAUGCCCACUGGGGAUUGUGAAUUAGUGUUGAGGAUUGCACAGGCUGCUCAUUUCCUGAUAUUUCUUGUACUCUGACCUCACUUCUCAGAAUCGGGUUUAUUAUCACUGAAUUAGAUGACGUGAAAUUUGUUUUGUGGAAGCAGUGCAGUGCAAGGAUGUAACAUUACAAAAAUAAAUAGUGAAAAGGAAUAAUGAGGUGGUUUUCAGAGACUCCAGAAAUCUGAUGAUGAAGGGGAAGAAGCUGUUUCUGAAUCACUGAGUGUGGGUUUUAAGGCUCCUGUACUUCCUCCCCAAUAGUAAAAAUAAGAGGGAGUGUCCUGGAUGUUGAGGGACUUCAGCGAUGCAUGCUGCCCUCUUGGGGCACCACCUCUUGAAGGUAUCCUUGAUUGUUGGGAGGCUUGUUUCAAUGAUGGGGCUGGCUGAUUCUACAACCCUCUGCAGCCUCCCUUGAUCCUGUGCAUUGGAGCCUCCACAGCAGGCUGUGAUGCAACUCGGAUAACUGCAUAUCCAUGGAAAUUUGGAAAUCCUGAAUGUACCAAAUUUCCUCAAGCUCUUAAAGUACAGCUGCUGGCAAUUGGAUUAAUGUUUUGGGCCCAGGAACUUGAAGCUAUUUAUGCUUUCCACUGCUGAGCCCUCAGUGAGGACUGAUGUGUGUUCUCUGAACUUCCCCUCUAAAGUCCACACCCUGUUCCUCAGUUUUACACUCAAUUUUAGCAGGGUCGUUGUUGCGAUACUUCUCAACUAGGCAAUCUACCUCACAUCUGUAUCCAUCUCAGAUUCUGCCAAUAGUGGUUACCACAGGUGGCUGAGAAGGCCAGGUCACUGGGUGGAUUUAAAGUGGAGUUUGAUAGGAUCUUGAUUGGUCAGGGCAUGGAAGUUUAUGGGGAGAAGGCAGGUUAACGGAAAUGGAUCAGCCAUGAUGAAAUGGUGGAGUAGACUUGAUGGCCUAAUUCUGCUCUUAUGUCGUAUGAUUCUCUGUAUAUUUACAGAUGGCACUUCAGCUGCCACACAAUCAUGAGAAUAGAGAGAACAGUGGGUUAAACAUAUUGCUUUAAGCCUAUCAUUUGGAGAGAUGUCAUUAAUGGUUUGCACUGGUCUCCCAACGUGGAAUUCAGUGAUAGUGUUGCAGAGAAAGGAACAGAUACCAAGGUUUUGAAACCUGGUUAUUAAUACAGGUUGUACAGGUGAGUCUGUCUUGGCAAUACGCCCAUAUGUAACACUGAUUAUGGUAGAGUGACUGGAAAUUGGUUGAAAGAUGUGAUUUUUUUUUUGGAUGCAUCUCCUUUAAAGUUGUUGUUUGACAUCUGUGGGACAUGAUCAUUUCUCAAGCACCUGAAAUUUAUAAAAUGUGUAAUAUUUUGCUUUCAACUUGCAUAUAAAUUUAGCAUGGAUCACUUGUUGACAGACAUGUCAGAAUGGGAAUUGAAUUGAAAUGGGUAGCCACUGGGAGAUCUUGCCUUUUGUUGCAGACCGUGAAGGUGCUUGGCAAAACAAUUUCCCAAUCUGUUGGAUCUCAUUGAAGUAGAGCAGAUAACAGUUUAGUUUUUGAGCCUAACUGUUGUAUCCAGUGCUCUUGAGUAUGGUUUCUACAUCAAUGAGACUCGACAGACUGGGCGACAUGUUGAGCACCUUUUUUCUGUCUGCUGCAAAAGGCAGAAUCUUCUGGUGGCCAUCCUCUUCAGCUGGACUUCCUAUUCCCAUUCUGACAUCUGUCCGUGGCUUCCAUGAUGAGGCCAAUUUGGAGGAUUAAGUUCUGUUUGGGUAGCCUCCAACCUAAGAGAUGAACAUCAAUUUCUCCAACUUCCGGUAAUUAACCCCCUCGCUAUUUUAAACAUUCUCCUUUCUGGUUACCCUCCCAGUCUUUCCCCUUGCCUCUUUCCUUUUCUUCCAUGGUGCACUUUUAGUCUGCUAUGGGAUUCCUCCUUUUCUCAGCCUACUUACUUCAACCUGCACCCACUCCCCUCGCCUGGUUUCACCUAUCACCUUCUAGCUUGUACUCCUUCCCUUCCCCCUUCCUUUCUAGUCAACUGUUUAUUCCCCUCUCUAGAUGCUGCCCAACUUGCUGAGUUUCACCAGUGUUACAGCUGUGUAUACUGUCAAGUAUUUAAUAAUAUAACAGCUGAUUUACCCUUCACCUCUUAUCAAUAGUCAAAAAUUGAUUUCAAUUUUCUUUGUACAAUUUAGGGUCUUGAACCAUUAUAAGUAACACUUUCAGUAAUAAGUGGAUCACUUAAUAAAUGGCUUGUA